CAGUUCCAUUCUUCCAAAUAACAACAAAGGCAUGCCAUUGGAGGUUGGUAAAGGCAGGGUGUUGAAAGAGGGAAGCAAGGUGGCUCUAGUUGGAUAUAGAACAAUGGUACAAAGCUGUGUGGUGGCAGCAAAGGUUCUUGAAGCACACAGCAUCUCAACAACCGUGGCUGAUGCUCGAUUUUGCAAGCCUCUUGAUGGACCAUUGAUGAUGCAACUUGCAAGAGAGCAUGAAAUCUUGAUAAUAGUUAAAGAGGGUUCCAUUGGAGGGUUUGGUUCUCAUGUUUCUCAUUUCCUUGGCCUCAAUGGACUCCUUGAUGGCAACCUUAAGUGGCGAGCCAUGACUCUGCUUGAUAGAUACAUUGAGCAUGGAUCUCAGAAGGAUCAAAUUCAAGCAGUGGGGUUGAGUUCAAGCCAUAUUGCAGCUACUACUUUGUCGUUAACCAAUGUUCAAUGGGACAAUCGUUUGCUUCUCAGCAUGCAAAUAUGAACCUUAUUAUUAAUAGGAUUUCAAAUGUAAAUAAAUAUAUAACACUAAUAAAUUAAAACUUUG